UGUCAAAAAAAUGAUUUUCUAUCCAUAUUUUUAAAUUUAUUGAAUGCAAUUACAUAGAAUAGGAGAGGGAGAAGGGUCGAAUUUUCAUCGUGGUGUUUUGGGUUUGGACACAACAUUUUAGGGGUUCCGUGGAAAAAGGGCCUUAGUCAAUUUUUUAGCCUUAUUUUUUAUAUUCGUCUCUUAGUACCUUUUUAGCUCCCAUUUUGAAAAAAAAUGAAAACUUGGCGUGGAAUACUAAUUUUUUUUAGAUACUAAUUCGAUGACGUUUGAGCAUAAAAUACUGAGAUGUUUUUUUGAUUUGACCCCCCCCCCCCCUUCCUUUUCCUUGGUCUUUUCUCAGCCUCGAAUUUUUUUAUAAUUGGGAGCUGAGAAAUCAUUGACCGAAGGGGGGGGAGGAGAUCGAAUCCAAAAAUUGAACAGAUGCUUUGAAUUAACCGAGAACGAAGAUUCACGACAAUUGAAGGUUGAAAGAUUUUGUUCUCAAUCAUGCUUCUUCUCUUUCUUUCAACAUCGUCAUUUUGGAUUUUCUACGAACCUAUUCAUUUCAUUCCACUAUAAAAAUUACACCAAGAAAAAGCCUAUUCCUCUUCACAGACCCCCCCUCCCUCCAUAACAAUAGUCGAGAAUCUCACACUACACUGAAAAAAUCACACAGUUCACACGGUUGGAAAAUCGUGACUUUUGCAGAAAAAAAUGGCGUAAUAAAGUACAAAGUCAAGAAUCAACUCGGGGAACACAUUUAAAUUAGGUAUCCUGACGUACAUGAAACGAAAAAAAAAAAUUCCCUCGUUUUAAUAAACACGUUUCAAGUACAACAGGCGUAGGUAUCAUUCACGUCAGAGAGCUAUAAUUGCUACAAAAGACAGUCUCGUUCGUAUCACUAGCGAGUUUUUCCAUUUCCACAGGAACAGGAUAUCGCACUCGAAGAAGUUUUCUGCAGGGAAGGGUACCUCUCUGUGUACACACACAGGGUGAAACUCGAGGUCAGACGUGUUGUGGCAGCGAUGAAUCCUCGUUCAUGAUAAGUUAACGUGAGCCAAAUGUUAUUUACAUAACACGAUACGGAAACCGAAAUACAGAAAAGUAUAAGACGAUUAUGUCGUCUUUACUUUUUAUUAACAAAUGGUUCAAGAAGAAGUGACCGAUACAGCAGUAUGCCGUGUUAUGCGAGGAUACAGCAAUCGGACGCAACCUUACAAUAAAUUACACGCACAGAACUCAGCUGAUUCCAAUUUCUCAAAUCCAUCUUCGGACCUGUCGCUUGACGAGGAAAAAGAAGCGCUUCGGCGCGAAAAAGAAGGCCAGGCUCUCGCUCAACUGGAGAAAUCAAGAGAAAAACCAGUAGCUUUUGCUGUGAGAACGAACGUGGCCUACGAUGCCGCAGUGGACGACGAUUCACCAGUUCAUGGUUUUGCGGUAUCCUUCAACGUCAGGGAAUACUUACACAUCAAGGAAAAAUACGAUAAUAACUGGUGGAUCGGACGUUUGGUGAAGGAAGGAUGCGACGUAGGCUUCAUUCCUUCACCUUUAAAACUCGAAAACUUAAGACUGCAACAGACUCAAGUGCGAAACACAAAACUAUACAUGACCAAACCACCAUCAUCCGGUAAUUUAGGCGCACUAGCGUCUGACAUGCUGACACCAGCAAAAAGCGCCAAUUCGAGUGGCUCUUCCCCGCCUUCUCCUGUCGAAGAAGAAGAACUAUCAGGCGGUACAGGAGGAGGCAAGUCAAGAACAAAUCUAACACCGCCUUCCAAAGAAAAACGUAAACCUUUUUUCAAAAAACAAGAAUCAGCAGCGCCUUAUGAUGUGGUACCAUCGAUGCGUCCCGUCGUUCUAGUUGGUCCGUCGCUCAAAGGAUACGAAGUCACCGAUAUGAUGCAGAAAGCUUUAUUUGAUUUUUUAAAACGUAGAUUUGAAGGAAGAAUAAUCAUAACCAGAGUAACAGCGGACGUCUCACAAGCCAAAAGAUCAUUCCUGAACAACCCUUCUAAACGUCCAUUACUCGAAAGAACCAAAGUAAACUCAGCUGUCGAAGUACAAAAUGAAAUCGAAAGAAUAUUCGAACUUGCGAGAACAUUACAGUUGGUAGUUCUGGACUGCGAUACCGUCAAUCAUCCGUCACAAUUAAUGAAAACGUCACUAGCACCGAUAAUCGUUUACGUAAAAAUUUCAAGUCCAAAGGUACUCCAAAGACUAAUCAAAUCGAGAGGGAAAUCACAAUCGAGGUUUCUAAACGUACAAAUGGUAGCAGCCGAAAAGCUUAGCACGUGUCCUUCGGAAAUGUUUGAUGUAAUUUUAGAUGAAAACCAGUUAGAAGAAGCCUGCGAGCACUUGGGCGAAUACCUCGAAGCGUACUGGAGAGCUGCUCAUCCACCUUCGACUGCGAUCAUUACGCAAACGCCAAUUUUAACUCGAUCGCAUUUAUCACCUUCGGAUGAAAUUCACGCGAACAUGGUGCCAGUGAAUUCGACGUCGCCGCCAGGAAUACGCCAUGGGUAUCUGUUCAGUCACCCUGAAAGAGGCUAUUUACCGAUACGGGACCGCGGUCGAGGACAUUUGGAACGCGAACGAACAGCCGAAUACGACGAUUACGAACCAAACGGGCAUGGGCACAACGGAGCUGUCCAUUAUGGCACUAGUCAAUACCACGUACCAAGGGCCCAAUCUUCUUCACGUCAGCAAAGACAACAACAACAACAACAACAACAACAACAACGUCAUCCUUUAUAUUACCAAGGUAGCGACGGCUCCGAUAUAGACAAUUUCCAGCUCAGUCCGCCCGAAGAAGUGGAUCCGACCUAUUUAGAUACCGAAUACAAUCUUCCUUUUCCAAAUUUAUACGAAUCGUCGAGACGAAACGCACGUCAUUGAUCGCGAUCCAGAUGCGAGAAAAAUAAAGAAAAAAUCAAACUUUGUUUUUUUCUUAUUUAAAGUGCUUAGUUCCGCGUAUUGGGCCCAUCAUAGCUCAAGCUACGUAACGUGUAACUUCACCCUUUUCUUUUUUUCCUUUGUUUUUUACUUUUCUAUUUUAAAAUACGUAUUAUAUAUUUUAUUAAAUUGUAUGCUCGAUGUAUAGCGAAAUUAUGAUAGGUAAAUGAAAAAAAAAUCGAAAAAAUUUACGGAUUCGGUAUCCAUCCGCACAUCCCCUCUCCCUUAUACCCGCUUGACAAUAAUUUAAAAAUGACAAAAAAAAACUCACCAAUCAUAUGGCCGCGGUGAUGAAUCAGACCAGCACAGAAAUUCAGCCAAUCACGCAGCUUCCCGAUGACAUUUUUUUUCGUUCAUUCGUUAAUCAAACCUGGAAACCGAUAACGUAAAAAAGCUCAUUAGAAUAUAACGACCAAUGUUAUUCUUUGUAGAAUAUUAUCGUUUUAAUUUUUAUUCGAGUUUAUCUUCACUGUUUUUAAUAAAUUAAUUUUAUAUACUUACGAUUUUUUUAUUUAGACUGAAAUUCGCACAUAAACUGGAAAAAUAUCAAAAAAAUUUUACUAUAAAAAAAUUGCUUCUACCUUUUUCAAAUUUCGCUCCUCAUUUGUUGAGUUUAAAAUAAGCCCAAAAAAAAUAUUAAGAACCCAUUACGUCAUACUCGAGAAAAAAAAACUGAAUUUUAGCAGAAGACUGACCCCCUUACCCUUUUCCUUCCUCCCGCACAAGUGUAAAUGUUAUUUAAAAAGGGCUUCAUCACUCUAUCGUCCCUUUUUUUUCUAAAACAUCUUUACGCCCAGAGACUUAUUUUUCGUACGAAAAAUUGCAGCGUACAAAUCAUAUAUUUAUUAUAAUAAUAAAGACCUAAUGGGUUUAAUGAUCUUCGAAUAAAAGAACAAAAAAUUGUUUUUCAUUCAACGGGAUGAGUUGAUUUGAUCGGAAUUUUGUUUGUAAUUUGUAAAUUCAACAUUGUGCUAUUUUUCUAGCGUACAAAUAUUAUAAAUAAAUGUAUAAUAAUAUACAAUAUACUUUUUUUAAUUAUUUAUUUAUUUAUUUAUUUAUCGUAUUAAGCUUUGAUGUUCGUUUAAAUUCAAAGUAAUUAUAUUUGUUGUCAUUGUGAUAAAUUUAUUGAUUUACCGUUUAGUAAAAUUUAUGUAAAUGAAACAUUGUGUUCUUUGUUUUCUUUUUUUUUCUUUUUCGUUUCUGUAUUAAAGCGUGAUGUUGUAUUACAAGGGCUUCGAAAACUGAAACUGGAAUUCUUUACGAAUAAAUCAUUAGAAUAUUGUGGUAA